AUGCUUUCCGAAAACUACCCAUUCCACAAUGGUACCGUGGAUGCAUGCUUCCAGACUCGAAUCUACCAUCCUUUGGUUGAGCCUGACACUGGUAGAGUCUUGAUCCCGGACGCGUGCUUGUACGGACCCAGGAACAUCGAGACCUCCGCCCCAAAUUGGCAUUGGUGUCUUCCAACUGGGACACUUCACCAACUAUGCAUGCUGCUUGGCACUACUUUCUACGAUCCGAGAUUCUUCAUUCCACCUCGAUCAAGAAACCCCCCAGCCUUGCAUUUUUUCCGGGAUCAUCAGGACUUCCACAACACCGCAAGAGAAUGGACACAGCAAUUCGCAAUGGAACGCCCAUAA